CCGCGGGGGCUGCCGGGAAAGACAUACGUGCUUAAUCCCGGUACAGGGUGCUAGCAUGGCGGCUCCGCGAGUAUUCCCACUUUCCUGUGCGGUGCAGCAGUAUGCCUGGGGGAAGAUGGGUUCCAACAGCGAAGUGGCGCGGCUGUUGGCCAGCAGUGACCCACUGGCCCAGAUCGCCGAGGACAAGCCCUAUGCAGAGUUGUGGAUGGGGACUCACCCCAGAGGGGAUGCCAAGAUCUUUGACAACCGCAUCUCACAGAAGACCCUAGGCCAGUGGAUUGCUGAGAACCAGGACAGCUUGGGCUCAAAGGUCAAGGACACCUUUAAUGGCAAUCUGCCCUUCCUCUUCAAAGUGCUCUCAGUUGCAACACCCCUGUCCAUCCAGGCACACCCUAACAAGGAGCUGGCAGAGAAGCUGCACCUCCAGGCUCCACAGCACUACCCCGAUGCCAACCACAAGCCAGAGAUGGCCAUUGCCCUCACUCCCUUCCAGGGCUUAUGUGGCUUCCGGCCAGUUGAGGAGAUUGUAACCUUUCUGAAGAAGGUGCCUGAGUUUCAGUUCCUGAUUGGAGAUGAGGCAGCAACACACCUGAAACAGACCAUGAGCCAUGACUCCCAGGCUGUGGCCUCUGCUCUGCAGAGCUGUUUCUCCCACCUGAUGAAGAGUGAGAAGAAGGUGGUGGCAGAACAGCUCAACCUGUUGGUGAAGCGGAUCUCCCAGCAAGUGGCUGCCGGAAACAACAUGGAAGACAUCUUUGGGGAGCUUUUGCUGCAGCUGCACCAGCAAUACCCAGGUGAUAUCGGCUGCUUUGCCAUCUACUUCCUGAAUCUGCUUAACCUGAAGCCUGGGGAGGCCAUGUUUCUGGAGGCCAAUGUGCCCCAUGCCUACCUGAAAGGAGACUGCGUGGAGUGCAUGGCGUGUUCAGACAACACAGUUCGUGCUGGCCUGACACCCAAGUUCAUUGAUGUGCCAACCCUGUGUGAAAUGCUCAGCUAUACCCCUAGCUCCAGCAAGGACAGGCUCUUUCUCCCGACACGGAGUCAGGAAGACCCCUACCUCUCAAUCUAUGACCCCCCUGUACCAGACUUCACCAUUAUGAAGAUGGAGGUCCCUGGCUCUGUCACUGAAUACAAGGUCUUGGCACUGGACUCUGCCAGCAUCCUCCUGGUGGUACAGGGGACAGUGAUAGCCAGCACACCCACAACCCAGACACCAAUCCCUCUGCAGCGUGGUGGCGUGCUCUUCAUUGGGGCCAAUGAGAGUGUCUCACUGAAGCUUACUGAGCCAAAGGACCUGCUGAUAUUCCGUGCCUGCUGUCUGCUGUAGAGGCUGCAGCCUCCCUAGCUCUCCUCUGCUAGCCACCCUAAAUUCCAGCCAGCCUCGCCUCCUGAGGCCCAGCUCAAGCCCCCUUCCUUGCUCCGGACCCCUUAGGUAUAUCCUGGAAGAGCUGGGGUGGAGGAGGGAGCGCGAAGAUAGUGACUCCUGAACACACCCAGGUGGAACCAUCUUCUUUGGGGAUGAGAGGCCUGUGUAAGGGGUCUGAUACUCCCCUUGUCUUCCCUCUCUACUCCUCACUACACCUGAGCCAGGCUCUUGCCAACUCUGUUCCAGCCUAUGGCUUUAGGCUAGCUGGUAAAAUAUGUGACCCAGCCGGGUAAUUUCUAAGAACAGGGUUCUAGUGCUGGGACUGCCCAUUUCCUCAGCUGCAGAGGAGGAAAGGGAAAGGGUAGGCCUGUGGACUAACACUGUUUACACCCUUUUAUUCUGUCAAAGCAAUUAAAGGUCACUUGUGUUGAGGC